GUGCAGAUAAUAAAUAUGCAUUGGGAAAUUUGACAAUAUAAAAGUAAAUGAAUUAUGUGGCCAUAAUCAUCCAACCAAACGACUUCAGCUUUUUGAACUUUUUCGAGUCCAAACCCAAUUCCAACCACAAUCAAAUCAUCUGGCUCACAUUCACCAACAAUCCAUCUCGAACCUUCUUCGCCUUCUUCCUUAAUCUUUGUUUUAAACCACGUUACAUCCAUGCAAAGCCCCUUGUCCUGAACAGAUAUUCCACAACCCCCAUCACCAUCUUCUUCAUCAUCUUCCAGUCGUUUUCUGCUGUUUGCCGGCGAAAAUGUCCGGUGCCGGGGAAAAUUCCGGUGGUGAGUGCUGUUACUAUUCUGUACUUGGACUGUGUAAGCAAGCUUCUGGCGAUGAAAUCCGAGGAGCUUACCGUAAGCAAGCCAUGAAAUGGCAUCCCGAUAAGUGGAUGAAAGACCCAAAAAUGGCCGCUGAAUCUAAACGGCGGUUUCAGCAAAUCCAAGAGGCUUAUUCAGUUCUAUCAAACAAGGGGAAAAGAAGCAUAUACGACGCCGGAUUGAUUUCAUUUCUUACAGACGAUGAUGACGAAGGAUUCUGCGAUUUCAUGAACGAAAUGGUUUCGAUGAUGAAGAACGCCACACCGCAGCAGGGGAAGAAGAAGAAGAACAGUUUGGAGGAUCUAAGAGGAUCGUUAAUGGAGAUGAUGGUAGCCGAUGAACAGCUCGGCUGGGAAUUUCAAUCUCGUCCUCUUAAUGCUAGAAAAAGAAGCCGAGUUGCAGAGAUUUGAUGCUUUCGCGCUUUUUAUUUGACCCGAAAUUGGCAUCCAAAAAAGCCCUAAUUUAAUUUAGUCUAAUUACAACCAUUUAGUCUAUAUUGUUAUAAUAUAUUAAAGCUUUUUUAGAUUAAUAAAUCGAUUAAUGCUCGU